AUGGCGCUGCCGGCAGAACGUGCCGCGAAACGGGCGAAGUUGGAUGGUCAGCGUUUAUCAGAUGAGUUGACCGAGGCACAAUCGGACUAUGAGAAGACACGUGAAGAGUUGAGGAGGGCAUAUGAAGCGGAUGUACGGGAUGAAGGUUUUAUUCAAUUCCUCACCACUACAAUGCAGAAUGCGCACAGCCGGAUUCAGGCGAUCUUGACUGCGCAGUCAGAGCAGUCCGAGGUGCCAGUGACAGUGGAGAAGAACACUCAGACGACAAACGAGGUAGGCAACAUGGCGCGUCAGGUGGGCAAUAUGGUGCUUCAGAUGUCAGCCGUGCGCCCCAUCAGUGCGGAUGCAGAUCGAACCAGAAAAAGGUCCCGCUGGGGGUCGGACGUGAGCAAACACUUCCAGCUUCCCGACGGCGAGUUGGUGUGCAGUGUGCUUUCUCAUAUGUAUGCUGACACAAUGAUUCAAGCGCACGAAUGGUGUCAGAGCAAAGGUUGGGGUUCUCCCUUUCCUGCUGUAGCAGAACACAUUGUGCCAGAGUCUCAACCGGGAGCUGCUGCGGCCUUUGGAUUGGAGGUGUGUGACCCUUGCAAUGGGCUCCCUCUACUCAAGCACAUUGAGCUCAUGUAUCAAGAAGGGAAACUAUCUAUCAUGCCCUCCGGUCAGCCAACAGAUGCGAAUGGGGUAGAGCUUGUUGUUCAUGUCAGCCAAAGGUUUCAUGGAGAAGCAGUGCAAUAUAUACAGGACCGGACGCCGCCACGUCAGAUUCCCAAAGAUCCAGAUGUUAAAGUGUACAUUGGGAACAGACGGCAUCGGCUCACUUGGGGCGACUUGCAUGAGAAGACCUUCCGCAUGUCCACGCCACCUUCGAUGAGAUCUCUUUACCAGAAAGCCAAGAUGGCGGGGGAGCAGACCCACAAGCAUGGAGGCGGCAUCCCCAAUCCGACCCUCGAGGAGAACUUCGUGAACUUCCUGC